AUGAGUAAAGAGCCGACCCUUGCCUGCGACAAUUGCUUCCUCUCCAGUAUUGCGUUGCGCAUCCAACAACCCCUUGCGUCUGACGAGCUGAUGGCAUCGAAGUUUUCAUCUUUGACAUCGUCUUGCGGCAGCACUACAAUAGCCGUCACAACACCAGCAGAAACCACCUGGGCUAUUCCCCCAACCUCAGAACCUACAUCGACUCCCGAGUGCGUGGGAACGACGUACACCUUGCAGUCUGGCGACACUUGCUUGAGUGUUUCCAAGAGCCGCGGUGUCAGCACUUCACAGCUUCUGGCCGCCAACCAUCUUCCGGCGUUCUGUUCCAACUUCCCCAGUUCCGGAACGAUCUGUAUUCCCGACAGCAUUUCGUGCAAGCCGUACGAGAUGGUCAAGGGUGAUAAAUGCCGGGACGUCGCGUCGAAGAACGGCAUCAGCUGGACGCAGGUCGUGACCUGGAACCCUGAACUCGGCGAAGCGUGUGAAUACAUCGACAACUUUGCGUCCAGAGGCUACGUUCUCUGCGCCUCGAAUCCCGGUGGUUCUUGGGUGCACCCGUUCCCCGAGGACGAGGUCGACAUGCCUUCACCCAAAACAACUGCGAUCCACCCCACGCCGACUGUGGAAUUUGAGAGCUUUGAAGCUAUGCCGAGCCCAACGCGCGCAGAUUUGCUUCCUAACUUGGGCGUACUGAAGCCACUAGCCAACGGAACACGCAAGGACUGCGCAAACUACGCAGAGGCGCCGAUCGAGUUGAACGCUACGAUCACGUACGACUGCCAAGAAGUUGCCGCAAUCUACGAUGUCAGCGUGGAUGAACUCAAGGAGUGGAACCCAGACCUCGCCGUCACCCCCGGCCUCGAGAGCAGCUGCGAGCUCCAGGGCGGAUACCGCUACUGCGUGUCGCCCAAUGAGCGACGAUGGCCAGAUAUGACCGAGUACUGCGUCCGGGAGACCAUCGCCGAGCCCGGAUGGAGUUGCGCGGACUACGCGUUCUGGUAUGGGGUCAAUGUGACACACCUCAACGAGUGGAAUCCAAGUAUCGGAGGAGAAUGCGAGAACUUCCACACAGCUGGCGUCGAUCCUUGUGACCAGUUCGUGAACAACAUCAAGAUUCCAAAGGCGCGCUUCGUGGCAUGGAACCCCUCGGUAGGAUCGGAUUGCUCUGGUGUCGUCAAGAACUACGACUACUGUGUUGCUAUUCCGACUUGGCAGCCGCCGGCGUAA